ACCCCCGAGGAACGCGUCGCGACGCUCCGCGAGGUCCUCGCCGAGACGACGGACAUCCACGAGGGCGACGGCAAUCUCUCGGACUUUCUCUUCCACGUGGCGCGAACCAAGCACGGCAAGGUCUACAUAAGGGUUAUCCAGAAUGUGCUGUGGAAUAGAGGACGAAAAGAGGAACCCUUGCACGCCAAUGUGCGUCCCUGAAGAUACUCGCGUGACAAAGUUGGACGAGGUUAGUGACAUGAUGCUAGUAGAAGCGUUCAACGUUAUUCCCGCUGUCGUCGACGAUCCCUACGUGAUGGGCAAGAUUGCUUACGCCGUUGCUCUCAACGGUAUCUACUCGCUGGGCGUCACCAGGUGCUCCAGCACCAGGCUGGUCCUGGGCGUUUCCGACGACAUGAAGGACAAUGAGAGGAAGACGGUGGUGUCAAGGACGGCACAGGGUUACAAGGACACGGCGGAGACGGAGGACACGUUCGUCGGGGACUGCCGAGUCUUCCGGAACCCGUGGUGCCUGUUCGGCGGUACCGCCACGGUGCUGUGCCAUCCCUAUGAGAUAGUCCAGCCGGUGGAUGCAACCAUCGGUGAUGUCAUAGUGCUGACGAAGCCCCUCGGCACGGCAGUGGCUCUCACCGCCUCCGAAUGGAUGCGGCAGCCUGAAAAGAGAUGCAAACUGAUGCUGACCAUCUCCGAGGAGAGCGUCGAGAGAGCGCGUUCCCGAGCCGUCGAUUGUAUGAUGAGGACCAAUCGUGUAGCCGCCAUGCUCAUGCGAAAGUAUAACGCUCACGCCGCGUGCGAGGUGGGACCUUACGGUAUCCUGGGCCACGCGGAUCUCCUGGCGCGACGGCAGGCGAACGACGUGAGCUUCACGAUCCACAACAUGCCGAUGAUCGCGAGGAUAUCCGCCACCGCGAGGAUCACCGGGAGCGCGUUGCCGCUUCUGAAAGGCGAGAUGCCCGAGGUGUCCGGCGGGCUGCUGGUGGUGUUGCCGCGGGAGCAGGCGGCCGCCUAUUGCAAGAUCCUGGAGAAGAUCGAGCACCGGCAGGCGUGGAUCGUUGGGAUCGUCGAGAGCGGCGACCGUACGGCGCGCGUGAUCGAGCGGCCGCGUGUGAUCGAGGUGCCGGCUAAGGAUAACGGUGUCUCUUUAUGGUAAAAUAGCUGAAGGAUUAUCGAGCGCAGGAUAUCGCUUGUUAAGAUCGUGGGGGAGAGGACAGCCGAGAUUACAGUCGAGCAAUUUUAACGGCGCCGUUGUGCAACGCUACGCUGUAAAGUUUACGGGGACGUACGUGGGGUUUUUUUUUUCUGGACUUUUGUGACAUUAAUACAGUAGCAGAUUAACUCUAAAAUGCGUUUCACACGUUGAUAAAUUGGAUCCAAUAAGCUAUUGUAUUAUUAGCAUUUUUAAAACACUUUUUCCCCUGCAAAAUAUUGUAACUUGGAAUAUAAGCUGAGACCAACAGAUUUUUGUGCAUUUUAUUUUUCAAGACUGGGGGACAUGCGAAAAAUUUAUUCACGACAACGGAAACGAAAGCACUUUAGCGUAAGAUAUCUCUUUGCGAAAAUAAAACUUAACUGAAAUUACGAUGGUUUCAAUCGUCGUAUAUUAACGCAUAUUAUGCAAUUAUUUUCAAUUACGUCAAUUAGAACGCGGUGAAACCCGACUCCUCUCGCAUCAAAGAACGUUUUAUAUCGCGCCUAAUAAAGAGGUGCAGCUAACAAAAGUUUACAGUUAACAAAGCAUUAUCAUAUCUUCACGCUUCACCUUUCCUGUUCCCUGGUUCAUGGGAAAUCCAUGAACUCGUAUCGUACACUCAUGCCCGUCUAUCUUUUUAUCUCUUCCCACGAUUAAUUUCUUACAUGGCAUUUUACACGCGGAUCAAACACACUACGCGUGCAGCGCGAGUUCCUUGACACCUGUCGCUUCUUAAUUGCAGUGUGUGAUCUUGCGUAGCCGAAAAAGUUGAUUUGUCUUUUUCCGCCGGGAUACCUAUCUUCUUAAAAAGUUUCAUCUAAUUUGAGACAUUUCUGACAACGAUGUGUCUUAAAUAAAAAUAUCGAAUGAUCUUAAACGACAGAAAAUUGAUUCUAGCGUAAUGCAGAAUAACAUUUAUAAAUAUUAUCUUUGUGUCAUAUGCAUAUUUUAAAUCGUGUGAUAAAAAAAGAGUUUUAAUACAAGUCUUUGCAGAUUAAAUUAAUAUAUGUAUUGCAUUUGUUUUACCAACAAUGACAUAACUUAAAAACCAAUUUUUUAUGUUUUGAAUCAUUGAAAUAUGGUAAUAUUUUUUAAUGAAAUUUAUAACGAUUUCGUUUACUGAGUGUAAAGGAAUAGAAAUAUUAUUGGCUCUUCACUCAGUAUAUUGAAUUCACACCUAAAUUCUUUUUUUUUCUUGUAGACAACUUAAAAAUGUCAAUUUUUUGUUAUGUCAUUGUGGCAUCAAAUGAGCGAUAUUACUUUGUUCGAUUCUUAUAAUUCUCUAGGCGCAAUGUCAUUUAAAAUCGGAAAAAAAUGGCUAAAGAAUCUAAAAAUUUAGGAUGCAGAAAAUAAUUGUGAUUUGAAAAUAAUUGUGUUGAAUCAUCAAAAUAAUUAUGUAGAACUCUCAAGCAUGAUCAGCAAAAUUGCAAAAAGUUUUGACAUAACAAUUAAUUUGAGUAUCCUACAAUUAUAUUCACGGUCCAACAAAAUUAUUUUCAAAUCUGCAUCCAUAUGUGUAGUUAAAUUUUUAGACACGUCUCGUUUUUCCCCCUCGUGUGCUCAUUAAUAUUACAUAAUCUUUCUCUUCUCGUUCGCCAUCAGGAAGAGCAAGUCCUUGUGAAAACGGCGUAACGUGAAAAAAAAUAUUAAUCUUUCCGGCGUUAAGAGCCCCGGAAAGUCGUUUGACGACGACGUUAAUAUGAAAAAAAAGAAAAAAAAAUACAUGUUCGCGUGGUAUUUCCCUCUCACCCGCAGUUUACGUAAGCGUACCACACGUCUGAAGGUAUUACAUUUGUCGUAUGAUAAAUGGCACUCUUACGAUCUGUACGACCACCUGCGUGGGUACCAUCGCGCGAAAAUGCAACUUGAUUUCGCGACGACCUCGGACUGCCAGUGUCAGCGCACCUCGAAAGAAAUGUAACGCUCCGCGCGCGUAAAAAUAUUCGACACGCUCGAGCGACCGAUCGGAUUCGCGCGACUUCCAAGGAGAGCCGGCGUCGGCCGUGAAAACGCGAAUUUCCACGGUGCGUUUUCCCGUUGAUGCAGCGGGAGGAGGCGUUCCUUACUACCUCGCGCCACUUCCAGGCGUCGUGCGUUCACGUGAGCUUCCGCGACAGGGUGUAAUUUCGUGAGAUCCGCAUGCGGCACGAUGUCGCGUACAGUUCGGUAAAAAAAAAAA